GACGCAGUGCCACUUCCUUUUUAGAGUCCAUGUCGAAACCAUAAACACAUGGGCGAGUAACAGAAAAAUUAUUCACUCACAAUGAGGAUCGAAAAAUGUUAUUUUUGCUCCGGACCCAUCUACCCCGGACACGGGAUGAUGUUUAUUCGCAAUGACUGCAAGGUAUUCAAAUUUUGCAGAUCAAAGUGUCACAAGAACUUCAAGAAGAAGCGCAAUCCAAGAAAGACCAGGUGGACCAAAGCUUUCAGAAAAGCGGCUGGCAAAGAGCUGACAGUGGAUAACUCACUGGAGUUUGAAAAGCGCAGAAAUAUUCCUGUUAAAUACCAGAGGGAGUUAUGGAGCAAGACAGUGCAGGCCAUGAAGAAGGUUGAGGCCAUCAAACAGAAACGACAGGCUCGCUUCAUCAUUAACAGACUAAAGAAGGGCAAAGAGCUGGAGAAGGCAGAGGCCAUCAACGAAGUCAAGAAAAAUAUCCACCUCAUCAGAGCAUCACAUGCAGGACAAACCAAAAAGCUGGAAGAGAAGAUGGUGCAGAAACUGGCAGAAGACGUGGAAAUGGCUGAAUAAAAGUUUCCUGGACUGAGAUCUGGAGAACAGGACGCUCACGAAAACACCUUGUAGGCUGUAGGACUUAAGUGACAGUCUGAAGAAACUCCUCACCUGUAACUAUCCAUAACUGUACCUCAGUUCUCAAAGCCCCUCAGACAUGAUGUUCAUGAGAAUCUGGGAAAGCUGAAUACGUUUAUUUGAUGUGUAGGCAGAUUUCGUCAGGUUAACAUUUAAAUGGUCAUCAGUGAAUAAAACUGAAUUUGAUAUGCUGAAGAACAGUGAAACACCGAGAACACCAGGUUUAAGUGAAAUUACCUCCUGAUUUCCCUUUUCUUGUAUUUAACAUUGUGGUGAUAAAUUUUCCCAAUGUAAACCGAAUAGUAACAUUUAAACCGUAUGAAGUUUGUAAUAAAAUUUACCAAACAUUGGUAGCUCUAAUUAUUUUGUCAAGUCAUGGAUUUUUACUCAAACUUUGAUUCAUAAAAACAUCAAUGCUGACUUUCAAAAAUAAAAGCUUUAUUUUAGAGCUGAAA